UGUCCUGGGACACAAAGCGAUUUGGCCGGCAAGGCAUCGUCAUGUCAGGGAUGUCCCAAUCAAAAGUUGUGCCAGUCAGGCCAAGCGAGCACUGAUGAUCCGGCCGUAGCUGAAGUUGCAGAGCGCAUAUCAUGCAUUAGGCAUAAAAUUGUCAUACUCUCCGGGAAAGGUGGAGUUGGAAAAAGCACGUUCACAGCCCAACUGGCACAUGUGCUUGCACAGAAUGAAAACAAGCAGAUUGGUAUCAUGGAUGUAGACAUCUGUGGUCCAUCCAUUCCUGUCAUGAUGGGCUUAGAUGGACAUCAGGUAGUACAUCAAAGUGCCUCUGGGUGGUCACCUGUGUUAUCAGAAAACAAUGUAUCAGUCAUGUCAAUUGGUUUCAUGUUGGAUGGUCCUGAUGCUGCUGUUAUAUGGAGGGGUCCGAAGAAAACUGGUAUGAUUAAAAAAUUUCUCUGCGAAGUUGACUGGGGUGACUUGGACUACCUCCUUAUAGACACGCCGCCUGGAACGUCGGACGAACAUCUUGCCAUUGUGCAAUACUUCAAAGAGGCCCAUAUAGAUGGCGCGGUUGUCAUUACCACACCCCAGGAAAUUUCCUUGGUUGAUGUUAGAAAAGAAAUAAACUUCUGCAAGAAGAUUGGGAUAAAUAUCUUGGGAGUUGUUGAGAAUAUGUCGUCGUUUGUUUGUCCAAAAUGCAGAAAAUCUAGUGAAAUUUUCCAUGCCUCAACGGGAGGCGCAUCUGUGAUGUGUAAAGAAAUGAAUGUUCCAUUUUUAGGUUCACUACCCUUUGACCCUAAAUUAGCUCAGUGCAGUGAUGAAGGUCAGGUUUUCAUCUCAUCGCAUCCUGAAAGUCCUGCUGUUGCAUCUCUUCAACAGAUUGUUCUAAGUUAA